UAAACUUCUUCGAAAGCUGUAUACAUUUGUCACUCAGGAGUCCAGUCAUGUGAAGUUAUUGGUCGAUUUUUUCCGUGCUCAAGAGGCUUUUCUGGAGCAAAGUUUGCAAGUUGUACGCAAAGCCAUUCCAGAUCUGCUGACCGUUAUCGAAUGCAACAAACCCCUGACUGUAUUCCACAAACACCUGCCGGAUCAUCUGACCGAGUCAAAUCGAUUCAUAUCGUACGUUCUCGAGAGAUGUAUUACCCGAUUGGACCACGAAUCCACACUCCAGGAAGAGAAAGCCCUCAAUUUGAUGGAAGCAGACGAUGAAUUACUAGACGCGUGUGACACAAUGACCAUCACGGGAGCAUUGAAACAAUAUUUGAACAGUCUUCCAGAACCUCUGAUCACAUUCACUAUGGCCGAGCGUUGGUCCGAGGCUUUGAAAGGGUAUGCGAUUUUCUUAUCUCUGUUUUGUUCCGUUCUAUCCCUCGAUUAUAUCUGUGUUGUAUCUGGAAUAAACUGUGCACUGUGUUUUUGUCUCCCACAAACCCCUGAACGUUUCGCGAUUUUCUCCGCAAGUUCAACUUGGUCUCUCACACACUAUUCUAUUUUGUGA